AUGGAACUGUCCCAGCUCCUCAAUGAGAUCAGGGCAAACUAUGAAAAGCUCCUCACCAGCAAUCAGAUAGAGACGGUGCUCUCAACGAGGAUCCAGCUAGAAGAAGAUAUAAGCAAAAAGAUGGACAAAGAUGAAGAGGCUUUAAAGGCAGCUCAAGCAGAACUCAAGGAGGCUCGACGCCAGUGGCACCAUUUGCAAGUGGAAAUUGAGUCUCUGCACGCUGUGGAAAGGGGCCUUGAAAACUCCCUGCACGCCAGCGAGCAGCACUACCAGAUGCAGCUGCAAGACCUCGAAGCAGUGAUUGAUGGGCUGGAGAAGGAGCUGCAGGAAGUCAGGUGUGGCAUCGAAAGGCAGCUUCAAGAGCAUGAGAUGCUUCUCAACACCAAGAUGAGGCUGGAACAGGAAAUUGAAACAUAUCGCCGCCUCCUAGAAAAGGAAGAAAUCAGAUAUUAUGGUUGUAUCCAAGGUGGGAAAAAAGACCCCAAACCAGCUACCAGUAGAGUUGGUUUUCGUUUACCUUCAGCCAUUAUAAAUGAAAUAUCAUUUUCAACAAAACUCCCACAGAAGUUUGAGAAUGAAAAGGUGGAGACAGUGACCAAACAGGCAAUCUUAAAUGGAAAUGUUGUGAAGGAGAGCACUGAAGCACAUGGCACCAUUCAGACAGAGAAAGUAGACGAAGUUAUUAAAGAAUGGGAAGGUUCCUUCUUUAAAGAUAACCCUCGAUUAAGGAAAAAAUCUGUUUCCCUUCGAUUCGAUCUUCACUUAGCAGCCACGGAUGAGGGGUGCUUACAGACUAAACAGGAUAAUCUGCCAGAUAUAGAAGUCAGGCUGAUCAUGAGAAGAUCAUGCAGUAUUCCAUCUAUUAAACCUCCUUCAGCAACUAAUUAACCCAAAGGUAGUCUGGACAUGAUUUGACAUUAGGAUGGAGCAAAGAGGACCAUGCUGACCCCCCCUUCUGUCCCAAAUGUAAGUUAUGAAGUAUGUAUAAAUAAUGUUAUCUCAAUGUGUGACUGUGAUUC